GUCAAACAUGGCGGCCAGCAAGCGGGUGCUGUAUGUGGGCGGCUUGGCAGAAGAGGUGGAUGAGAAGGUGUUGCAUGCAGCUUUUAUCCCGUUUGGAGACAUCACAGACAUCCAGAUCCCUCUGGACUAUGAAACUGAAAAGCACAGAGGAUUCGCGUUCAUUGAAUUUGAGCUGGCAGAGGAUGCUGCAGCAGCUAUUGAUAACAUGAAUGAAUCAGAACUUUUUGGGCGGACUGUCCGUGUCAACAUUGCAAAGCCCAUGAGAAUUAAAGAGGGUUCUUCUCGACCAGUGUGGUCGGAUGAUGACUGGCUGAAGAAAUUCUCAGGGAAGACGGUGGAGGAAGCCGAGGCAGAGACGGCAGCCGGAGAAACAAAUGCCACAUCAACAGAGGAGUCUGAGCCACCGUCUAAAAAGAGCAGAGUAAAUCCACAGGUCUACAUGGACAUCAAGAUCGGCAACAAGCCGGCAGGCAGGCUGCGCUUCCUCCUCAGGGCUGAUGUUGUUCCCAUGACAGCAGAGAACUUCCGCUGUUUGUGCACACAUGAAAAGGGCUUUGGCUACAAGGGCAGCAGCUUCCACCGUGUCAUCCCUCAGUUUAUGUGCCAAGGAGGCGACUUCACCAACCACAACGGUACCGGUGGCAAAUCCAUCUACGGCCGGAAGUUUGAUGAUGAGAACUUUGUCCUCAAACACACCGCUCCAGGGCAGCUCUCCAUGGCCAACUCUGGGCCCAACACCAACGGAUCCCAGUUCUUCCUCACCACGGACAAAACGGACUGGCUGGAUGGCAAGCAUGUGGUUUUUGGAGAGCUGGUGGAAGGGAUGGAUGUUCUCCGAGCGAUAGAGGCUAAGGGAACAAAAGAUGGGAAGCCGAAGGAGAAAGUGAUCAUCUCGGACUGUGGAGAAUAUGAGUGAAUGGAAAAGAAUAGUCUAAAUGUGUUUGUGUGUACGAGAGCACACUGUUGAGGGCUCUUGUGCUUUGAAUCUGAAUCUUUUGCCAUGUAAAUAUUUCAAUAAACAUUUUUUAAUAAAGAAAGCAAACGUU